CUUUUAGAACCAGAGACAGAGAGAGAGAGAGAGAGAGAGAGAGAGAGAAAGAGAGAGAGAGAGAGAGUGAUUGUAUUUACCAAAAGAUGACUUCUUCUUCUUCUGGAAGUUGGUGGGUAUUUGCGGCUGUAGUAGUCGUAGCACUUCUGGAAGAAGGAGAUCAGGCUUCUUCCGUCAAGGGCGUGUCCAAGCAGGCGAAGGGCUCAAGCAAUAUUACCAGCAACACAUCCACGAGCUCCAGCUCUUGGUUCGGCAGAAGAGUCACAAUCUCAAUCGUCUCGAAGCGCAACGGAAUGAGCUCAAUUCUAGAGGUGACUGCUCCGAUCUCGUAACUUUUUCUCGUUUCUUCUAGCCCUAAUUUUGUCUCCCGUGUAUCAUCGAGUCUCCUGUUAAAUUCAUUAGACCUCGAAUCGAAUGCUGGAGUGGGUUCGACAACGAUGACGGAACGGGUGCGAUUCAGUGGGUCGGAGCUCGGAGGGGAUAACGAUGGCGGCGAUGGCCGUGGCGCCGGCGAAUCAACUGUGUUUCGAAUCGAAUGCUGGAGUGGGUUUCAACAACGAUGGCGGAGUGGGUGCGACCCAGUGGGUCGGAGCUCGGAGGGGAUAACGAUGGCGGCGAUGGUCGUGGCGCCGACGGCGGUGGCCGGCGGAGGGGAUAACUGAGACAGCUCGGAAGAAAAGAAGUCUCGAGUCUCGACUGAGAUGGAAGGGAAAGAGAGAAUCUCGAUUUUUUUUUGUUUUUUGUUUUUCAGUUUUAAUUAUUUGGAUUUGGAUUGUUUUAUCCAAAUCCAUGGGUAAACCCAAAGUAGAUCCAAUAUAAUGGGUAUGGGUUUUGACCCAUCUGACUUCACCCAUUUGAAUUUAACUUGCACUCCAAACCCAACCCAACAAGGUUGGAUAAUUAAAAGCCCAUGGGUAUGGGGAUUUUUGCCAUCCCUACCGAGGAGCAUGGAUUCCGAUCGACAAUGAUUGAAUCGGAAUGUCGGGUGGCUAUACAUUAUCUACAGCGCGCAGAAAGAACAAGAACGGAGGAAGGUGACGCGAGUGUAGGGGUGAAGGACGUGAAUAUCACCGAUAUGAUCGACAUGGUCGAUUUGUGGACUAUAAACAAAAUAACGUCAU